UGUUUUAAAUUAAAGACUAAAAAUUAAAAGUGUAAAACUUUUAAUUUUUUAUUUUUACGGUCUGGUGACACCGUGUAAUUAUUAGCACUGUAUUGAUGCAGUCCAUCGUGUUUGCGAAAAACAGAAACUGCAGUUUUUGUUUGUGAAUAUAGUGUGUCUGUUUGCUUGGAGGCUGACUCACAUGUCAACCAGCCUUGUUUAUCACCCCAGUGUAAUGAAUGUAUUAUUAAAAGCUGUAAUUUUUUGCAUUUCCGUUGCUGACUGUGCGCCCCUGCCUGGUUUGUCCUCGAUAAUUGUUACUUCAACUGUUCCGAUUUUAUCGAUGGAGCUACAAUUGCCGAAAUAAGGACCAGUUUCGAAAACACCACGCACUGAGAAACACUUUAUUGUUUUCCAAUCCAGAUUUACCAUAUUAUCAUAGGUGAUUUUAAUCUCUAAUUUGUCGUUUGGUGGAUCAAUUUGCACCCGUUUUCGGAUGGCUGGUCUUGAUGGCUAUCUGCGAAACCCUCUAUCUUCCUGAUUACUUGGGGUCCAUCGGAAUUCGUCGAACGUCCGUGCGGACUCUGUGAACUGCUUACUGCAGCAUGGUCCAGAAGCGCAUGCUGGCGUAUGCUCGCAAACGUCGUGAUAAGCUAGUAAAGACAUUCAGGAACCUGUUCGGUUCCUGCAAUACGAGCACACCUGUGGGAAUCACGCUGACUGUCAUGCCGUCCAAGGCGAAAUCGCUCCAUGAUCCUUUGAGAAGGCUGUCUGUUACGACAUCCGCGGUGGAUGAUCUUCGCAGAGAAGGCAUCUUUUCCAAAUGGUUCCUGAUUUACGCCAUUAAAACUGUUCUUCUCAUUUUACUCUAUUAUAUCUUCUCCAUCGGUUUGACAUUUUACCAGAAAAAAUUUAUUCAGAUUUUUGAAUUUCCCCUGUCGAUAGUAACUGGGCAUUUUGCUAUCAAAUUCGUGUUAGCCGCGCUGGUUCGCGGCUUGUGGUGCCUUUCAUCAGGCGCGAAACGGCCAUGCAUGCCUUGCGGGACAUUUAUUACACGGAUGGGGCCUCCCGGAGUCGCAGCGGCAUUGGAUAUUGGAUUAUCAAAUUGGAGUCUUGUCUUCAUUACAAUCUCAUUGUACACGAUGACCAAAUCGUCCACCAUUGUUUUUAUUUUGAUUUUUGCGUUGGUUCUCAGACUGGAAAAAUUUAAAUGGUCCUUACUGGGUGUCGUUAUACUAAUAUCCUGCGGCCUGUUUCUCUUCACGUUUGAAUCUACCCAGUUCAAUCUUUUCGGAUUUUCUUUGGUAAUGGGAGCCUCAGUAUUAUCUGGAAUUAGGUGGACGCUGUCCCAAGUAUUAACUCAGAAGAAGGAUUAUAACUUGAGCAAUCCUAUUGAUAUGAUUUUCCAUAUCCAGCCGUGGAUGUUCCUGUCAUUGCUGCCUUUUGCUGUGAUUUUUGAAGGAAAAACUGUUCUGGAAGCCCAGGCCUUUCAUAAUCGGGAUGAGACAAUCCGGACGCUUCUGCUGACCGCCGGUGGCGGUGUUGCGGGAUUUCUUAUGGAAGUCAGCGAAUACGUGCUGUUAACUCAUACCUCUUCCAUAACUCUGAGUGUAUCUGGUAUAACAAAGGAAAUUCUGCAGUUUGCUCUUGCAUAUCAGUACAAUGGUGACAAGAUAAGUCCUAUGAAUUUUGUGGGUUUGGUAAUCUGUAUGGGCGGCGUGGUGUUCCACGUUGUACUGAAACUUAUCGACCAGAAUCGGAAGUUGGCUCAUCUGGAUGCAGUAAUUAAUAGUCACACAAUGGAGAACGAUGUGGCGAACACAGCGGUAACCGCUGCAUUGCUGACCACUACGUACGAACAGGAUGAAUGGGAUGGUUUGGAAGAGAUUGAUCUGAAUGAUGCAGUGGCAUCUCGACCGGCUGGACACGGCGGUCAAUAGUGUUUCGAAAACUCGUGAUCGGAAGCUGAAACCGUCCUUUUUAUCUCAGGGUCUUUCAAUGGGAUUUUCAUCCCACGCUUUCCGUGCAGCGUUUUUGAUUGGUUGAAUGUUGCAAAGUUGUCAGUUAGUUUUCAAAGAAUUUAAUUUUGUGGUUAUGGUUUGCUCAGGGUUUAUGGUACUCACUUACAAACGCAUGCUUUUAAUUUGUUUUAACGCCGUAUAUUGUCCACUAAUUUAAUGCUGAAUAAUAAUAAAGGGGUGCUACGCUAAGUUCGGGCACCUUUUUCCAAAA